GCCUUGGACCACACAGUGACGCGAACAGAGAGUCUCAUCAUCAGAGUUCUCUCUCCCUCUAUAUAAGCGGCACCCUGUGUUUAGCUUGAUUUCACCACGAAAAGCAUUCUUCAGUUCUGUUCAAAUUACAAAAGCCUCAGCUUGUACUGACAAUUCAAUGGCGGAGGAAGUGAUAUUGUUGGACUUUUGGUCGAGCCUGUUCGGGAUGAGGGCCAGGAUUGCCCUGAGAGAGAAGGGCGUGGAGUUCGAAUGGAGGGAGGAGGAUCUGAGCAACAAGAGCCCCCUGCUCUUGAAGAUGAACCCGGUCCACAAGAAAAUCCCCAUCCUCAUCCAUGGCGACAAGCCCAUUUGCGAGUCCCUCAUUAUCGUCCAGUACAUCGACAUGACCUGGGGUCGCGAGUCUCCUCUCCUGCCUUCUGAUCCUUACGAGCAUGCCUGUGCCAAGUUCUGGGCCGACUACGUGGACAAUAAGUUCUAUCCGGAGCUGCGAAUUGUGUGGCUGUCGACAGGGGAGGCCCAGGAGGCGGGGAAGAAGAAGUUCAUCGAGUGCUUGAAGGUGUUGGAGGGAGAGCUCGGGGACAAGGCUUACUUUGGCGGUGAGAGGUUCGGGUAUGUGGAUGUGUUGCUAAUACCGUUCUAUAGCUGGUUCUAUGGUUUGGAGACAUUGGCCAACUUUAGCAUCAAGGAGGAGUGUCCCAAGUUGGUGCCAUGGGCCAAGCGUUGCAUGCAGAGGGAGAGCGUGGCCAAGUCGUUGCCCGACCAGUACAAGCUCUAUGAAUUCCUCUUGGAGCUCAGGAAGAAGCUUCAGGCACAAUAAACAACUCUCUAAGUCUGAUUAUUGCUCGUUUCAUUACUCUUUCGUUCAAUAACCCCUCUCCUAUGAAAGAGGUUGGGUCUUUUGUACUUCUAUGAUUUCCUCUUUGUACUUCACAGUGUUUUUGGAUCAGCUAUAUAAUAUAUACACCAUCUCAUGAAUUCCGUUUA